UUCCUCAGGCAGAACAGCUGAGCCAUGGGAAAUGGAUCUGACAAACCCAGCCCACCUUCUCCCACCAUGGGAAACAAACCUGAUAAACCCCGCCCACCUUCUCCCACUUUUGAUGAACCAUGGAGGAACAUACAAUGGGGUAACAAAGACAGAGACCUGCAGGUUGUGAAAAAUUAUCAGCCUCAUAACGAUGAGGUCCAACAGCUCAGAAUUCUGCUUCAUGGACCCUCUGGUUCUGGCAAGUCCAGCUUCAUCAACUCUGUUGACAGUGUUUCACAAGGCAGAAUCACUGGUCGGGCUUUGGCAGAUGCAGUCUCUAACGACAGCUUCACCCUAAAAUACAAAAGUUACAAAAUCCAAAAAGGAGGACCAGGGACGUUUUACCCUUUUGCCUUCACUGACAUCAUGGGCCUUGAUAGGGAAACCAAUACGGGAGCAAAUGUGGAAGACAUCAAACUGGCCAUGAUGGGACACAUUAAAGAUGGAUACACUUUCAAUCCUCUCUCUAAAAUAACAGAGGAUGAUAAUUACUACAACAAAGACCCCGCUCUGAAGGACCAAGUUCAUGUUCUGGUUUAUGUCUUCUCUGCUGAGACAUCAAACAUCCUGAGUGAUGAAUAUGUGAGAAAGAUGAGGGAUGUCAGACUGGCAGCCAGAGACAUGGGAAUUCCCCAAGUGGCUAUUCUCACCAAAAUUGAUGAAGCCUGUCCAGAGGUCAAAAAAGACAUAAAGAACGUGUAUAAGAGCAAGUACCUGAAGAAACAGCUAAGUUUCUCUUGGUGA